GUACUGCUCGGUGCGGCCGCCGCGACCUUUCGCUGCACAUGGGUGCGCCAUGCAACCGUCCCGAAGCGGGAUAGAACCGUCAUAAUAGUGAACAGGGCAGACACAACGAAGAGAAACGGAUUUCUGGCCUCCGUCGCCCACAUGAUCGUCAGCACCAGGACCGGCACUUCCAGCAGGGCAAGGAAAGCAAUCCAGAGGUGUUAGCAGAGUGAGGGAGAGCCGCGGAUCGAGUAGUGAAGAAACAGCGACACCACGUCAGCCAACGAUAAGCCCAGGAUGAUCAAGCCGACAGUUUGGUGGCCUUGCGCUUCUUCUUCCAGACGGCUCCUUGUUGUAUCGAAGCACUCCUCAUCAGCAUCAUCCCACGGCGAACCGAUGGGGGGGACCCCACAGAUGGAUCUUGCACGACGCCAUGCAGUGUCCACCAUCGACCACCUGAUGAAUUCCAGCCCCACUGCAGCAUCGGUAAUGAAGUCCAUGGCCAUUCCCACAACGGCCACCAGUUUAUAGAAGCGAACGAAGGUGAGAAUGUCCAUCCGUUUGAGCCGCCGCUUGACCACCGAGUGGUACAGGAUGGGCUCUAUUUGCCGAGCCUUGGCUAUUCGCUCGGCCGUCGGUGAGGGUCUCCACUCCGCCCGACGGCCGCAGCAUGAGAGCCGGUUGUGAUCGACGUCGAGUUUCCUCUCACCCGUCGGGCUGGUCGAUGCACGGACAAUGCGUGGCUCCGACAAAACGAUAAAGAGGGCCAACUGAAGAGAGACCGCACCAGCCACCCACGCCAGUGUGCCGAAGCGGCCGGGGCCAAAGGGAUCAGGUUUCAAUGACACAUAAACCGCGGUCGAGAAGAUGCUCCCGGACAGGACGAUGGCCAGAACGAAAAAGAAGUAGAUGAUGCAUAGAAUGCCCCACCAAAGAGGCGGCGUGCACAGACUUCCCAGUCCAACGAGGACCAUCAGAGAGGGCGGCCCCAAACCCACAAUCACAAAGGGAACGAACAACAAACUUCCCUCGUGCUUACGGAUGACAAAAAGCAAGUAGCUUAUGCCGCCCCACCACCAGACUGCAUAGAUCAGGACGAGGCCGAUGAUGAGAAGGAAAUGCCUCAUAGGGUAGUCCGUCAGCCACAACAUCACACAGUGAGUCUGCAGCACCAGAAAGCCCCACGCAUCACCCUCCUCAAGCGAAGCAUCCCCGUCGCCAAGCGGAGCCCGGCCGUCAACUGCAGGGGUGGAGACCGGUGUCGAGGUGGUGGUGGACACGCCUGAGAGCCGAGCGCCGCCCUCGCCAUCUCCUUGAGCCUCCGGUUGAUGCUUCGAUGACUUCGCUGACCUUGUCGUCGUGACGUCCACUUCAGAAGCUGAUUGUCUGAGGACGUCUGUGUCUGGGGGAUCAGCCGUGGCGGGAGGAGCGACGGUGACGAACGUGGGCGGCUCCAUGCGUGCGUCUAGUCGAAAGGACGAUUGGGAGCCGUGCGAAUAGACGCGAUGCUUGAAGGCCGCUGUUGUAGAUCUGCUGUCGAGGAAGUGAGCUCGGCAGCCAAAUCACGGCGGCUUCGCAAGGAGGCAGAUGCCUGCGUCCACUCGGAGAGCCGAUUGGGAGACGAGAUCCGUGCGAAUAAACGCGAUUCCUGACGCAAAGGCCGCUGCUGCUGAUCUCAAAC